UCUUCCACGCCCGGCUUUGAUGUCAAAUCAAUGCCCGAGUUGAGCCGCCUCCCGGUCUGUUAUCGCUUUCCGCCAUUGCCAUUCAGAGUCCGAACCCUCUGCAAGCCACGGGAACUUCGAAGUUCGAAGAUCCCCAACUGGAAUGAGAUCGGCUCGUAGGACCAAAGCUUCUCCGAUCUUGGAUGGUCAAGCUCUCAUGGCCUCGCCGCUCGAAGCCCUCCUCUCUUUCUCAGUUCCUCCCCCUCCCUUUCUCUUCCCAUCUCGAAGCCUUGGCGAGGCCAACUCCCAUGGCCUCUCCCUACGCUGCUGCUCCCCUGGAGAAGCCCUACAUGGCACUCACCCAGGAGCUCUUCGAUGCCAUGAAAGCCUGCCGGUCGAUCUCCGAAGCCCGAAAGCUCCAUUCUCGUCUCGUCUCGAUGGGCUUGGAGUCGUCCCUCUUCCUCCAGAACAAUCUGUUGAACGCAUACAUCAACUGUGGCUCCAUUGACGAUGCCUGCGGUGUCUUUGAGGGCAUCUCCUCUCCCAAUGUCAUCUCUUGGAAUAUGAUGAUCAACGGGCUCUCUAAGUUCGGACGUUUGGAACACGCGGUGCGGAUGUUCGAUGAAAUGCCCAUGAGAGACUCUGCGUCGUGGAACUCACUGAUGUCGGGCUACUUCAGAAAUAGGCAGUUCAGAGAAACUAUGCAGACCUUUGUUUCUAUGGUUCGAUAUCCAAAUUGUGAGCCGAAUGUGUUUACUUUGACCUGUGCUAUGAAGGCUUGUGGCGCCCUUCAGUGUCGUGAACUGAGUCUUCAGCUGCAUGGUUUUGUUAAAAAAAAUGAUUUUGAGAGAGACCCACAAAUUGAAGGAUCCAUUAUUGAUAUGUACAUCAAGUGUGGAGCCACCGACCUAGCUGCCCAAGUGUUCAAUAAGUUGGAAAGCCCGAGUCCUUUUUGUUGGAAUUCUAUGUUAUUGGGUUAUUCGAAUUCAUGUGGUGUAGAACGUGCUCUUGAGUUGUUCAGCAAGAUGCCUGAACGAGAUGUUGUUUCCUGGAACACGAUGAUUUCCAUAUUGUCUCAACAUGGGCGAGGCAGGGAAGCCCUUUCCAUGAUAAUAGAGAUGUGUUCUGAAGGCUUUGGACUUAAUUCUACAACUUACACUUGUGUUCUCAGUGCUUGUGCCGGUAUUCCUGAUCUGGAAUGGGGUAAACAUCUUCAUGCUCGAAUUAUUAGGUCCCAGCCAAGCAUUGAUCUAUUUGUUGGCAGUGCCCUGGUUGACAUGUAUGCAAAAUGUGGCCACUUGGAAGCUGCAAAAAGAACUUUUGAUGCCUUACCUGACCGCAAUACUGUGUCAUGGACUGCACUUAUUGCAGGGUUUGCUCAAUCUGGAUGUGUGGAAGAAGCUAUGAAAUUGUUCAAUCAAAUGAGAUCAGUCCCCAUGGCUGCGGAUCAAUUUACCCUGGCCACUGUAAUAAGUGCUUGUUGUGGUAAGAUGGAUAUGCAUCUUGGUGCACAGUUACACUCUCAUUCACUCAAGAUUGGAUAUAGUUCAUCUGUUCCUGUUUCCAAUGCUCUGGUUACAAUGUAUGCAAAGUGUGGAAGUGUUCAGAGUGCAGAAUCUGUCUUCCUGUCAAUGCCUCUAAGAGAUAUAAUAUCAUGGACUAGCAUGAUCACUACAUAUUCUCAAAUAGGUAAUGUUAGCAAGGCUCGUGAAUUCUUUGAUAACAUGAUCAUAAGAAAUGUGGUCAGCUGGAAUGCAAUGUUAGGAGCUUACAUACAGCAUGGUUUUGAGGAAGAGGGCUUUAAGAUGUAUGUGACAAUGCUACGAGAAAAUGUUGUAAGAGCAGAUUGGGUUACACUUGUGACUUUGCUUCGAGCUUCUUCUGACACGGCAGCAGUUAGACUUGGUAAUCAAAUUGUUGCUCAUGCUGUCAAAAUGGGGCUAUUUGCUGACACCGCAGUGGCUAAUGGGAUAAUUACAAUGUACUCCAAAUGUGGAAAGAUUGCAGAAGCCCGAGAGAUUUUUGAUUCUAUUGUGGAUAAAGAUUUGAUUUCUUGGAAUUCCAUGAUCACUGCAUAUGCACAACAUGGUCAUGGUAAGGAAGCAAUAGAUAUUUUUCAGAACAUGCAACAAAAUGGUAUGAGACCUGAUUAUAUAAGCUAUGUUGCAGUUUUAUCAGGUUGUAGUCACUCAGGACUUGUACUAGAAGGGAGAUUUUAUUUUGACUGCAUGACCAGAGUUCACAAUAUAUCUCCUGGUUUGGAGCAUUUUGCUUGUAUGGUUGAUCUUCUUGGCCGGGCUGGGUUCCUAGAAGAAGCCAAAAAUAUUAUAGAUAACAUGCCAAUCCAACCAAGUGCAGAAGUUUGGGGAGCUUUGCUAGGAGCUUGCAAAAUACACAUCAACACAGAACUUGCAGAGCUUGCUGUGAAACAUCUAUUUGAGUUGGAUUUGAAGGAUUCCGGAAGCUAUGUGCUUCUAGCAAAGAUAUAUGCUGAUGCUGGGAAGUCCUAUCACUCAGCAGGAGUGAGAAAACUCAUGAGAGAAAGAGGGAUAAAGAAAAAUCCUGGAUGUAGCUGGAUCGAGGUUAAGAACAGGAUACAUGUGUUUACUGCUGAUGAAGCAAGUCACCCACAGAUUGAUGUUAUUCAGAGAAAGCUGGAUGAGCUCAUCAACCAGAUUGAAGAUGUGGGCUAUGUGAAUGUGGCUACUUCAGGAUCUCAAAGCCAUCACAGUGAGAAGCUGGCUGUGGCUUUUGGAUUAAUCAGCUUGCCUGCAUGGAUGCCUAUCCAUGUUAUGAAGAACCUCCGUAUCUGCUCUGAUUGUCAUACUGUGAUUAAGCUGAUCUCAUUGGCAACUGAGAGGGAGUUGGUGGUCAGGGAUGCUAACCGUUUUCAUCAUUUUAGAGGAGGAUCCUGCUCUUGCCAUGAUUAUUGGUGAAUAAUGUCAAACUCAGAAGAAGAUUGAAGCUCACUACUCAUUAUUUAUAUAACAUUUGUUGGUCUAUUUUUUGUGUCCAGUCAGGCAUAAUCAUCUCACUGAAAAAUGUUGCAGAUCCAUCUAAGUUUCCAAAUGUGAGAUUUCGCUGAA